AUGAAUAUUAUCACCUCAAACACAAUUUGUUUAAAACAUUUAGUUCAUAAAUGUAAUUAUACGUCUAAAAUAUCACUACUCAGACUACCUUUUUUAAUACGGUACCAUACAAAUGUCUCUUCCCUUUCCUCUUCCCCUCCUAACAAACAUUCCAUUAUAACUCCUUUGCAAGAAUAUGAUACACAAAUUAAACUGGGGAAAUUAAGAGAUGAUCCGUUUCAAAGAAGUAUUCUAACUUUUUUAAGUAGAUUUCAUAGUGAUUUAAUUAAUUAUUAUGCACCUGAAUUGUCUUCCCCAUCGAUAAACAGUUUUAAUAAAUCAAAGACAGCUAACUGGAUGAGUAGACUGUUGAAUAAACUCAAAGUCUUCAAUCGCUCUGCUACAUUUGAUUCUAUUGCUAGUGACAGUAUCAGUCCUUAUAGUUGCAAGACACCAAAAGGUAUUUAUCUAUAUGGUGACGUGGGGUGUGGUAAGACAAUGUUGAUGGAUCUCUUUUAUAAGACUAUCCCUCCUCAUCUGACAAAAAAAAGAAUCCAUUUCCAUCAAUUCAUGCAAAACGUACAUAAAAGAUCACAUGAGAUCCUAAUGGAUUAUCACAGAAACACAGGCAAAGAUACAAAGGAUAUUGACACUAUCCCAUUUUUAGCAAACGAAAUCGCACAAAGUGCUAGAAUUUUAUGUUUCGACGAGUUCCAAGUCACAGAUGUGGCCGAUGCAAUGAUCUUGAGAAGAUUGUUUACUGUUUUACUGUCUGAUAAAUUCGGCGUUAUCCUUUUCGCUACUUCAAAUAGACACCCUGAUGAAUUAUACAUUAAUGGGAUUCAAAGAAAAUCUUUCAUUCCAUGUAUAGAACUGAUCAAGCAUAAGACCGAGGUAGUUAAUUUGAAUUCGAAUACAGAUUAUAGGCGUAUUCCAAGGCCUAUUUCCUCUGUCUAUUUGUAUCCAAAGAAGGACCAAUGGAGAUACGAGUCUCCAGAAUUUAAAGUUAUGAGACAACAUCAUGUUGAAUCCUGGUACAAAUAUUUUGCGCAACCGAUGGAAAAUGAUCAACUAUCUCCAGAAGGCAAUAUGAUACAAACAAAACAUGAGAUCCAUCAUGACUAUCCGUUAAGUAUCUGGGGCCGUCAGUUUAUUGUGCCCAAGUGUACACCACCAAGAGUAGCACAAUUUACGUUUGAAGAACUGUGUGGGCAGCCGUUGGCUGCAGGUGAUUAUUUGAUGUUGGCCAGAAACUUCAAAGCUUUCAUUGUUACCGACAUACCGUACUUGUCAAUCGAUAUUAGAGAUAAGAUUAGACGGUUCAUCACAUUUUUGGAUGCUAUAUACGACAAUGAUUGUAAAUUAGCAACGACUGCAGCAGAUGCUUUCACCUCGUUGUUUGUUGAACCUGAGAUGUUAUUAAAUAACUAUGAAUUGAAAAGGAGUAUUUCUGCAUCAAUCAAUACUGUGGCUGAGCAUGCAGAUGAACAAGCUAAGAUUGAUGCAGCAGUUCAAAAUUCAACAAUUUUUACACUCGAUGAGGAAAGAUUUGCGUUUGCAAGAACAUUAAGUAGACUUUCACAAAUGAGUACCACAGAAUGGGUAUCUCGUUAA